AUGGACCUUGAUGGGAAGAGCCAAAGAAGGCUGGUGGCUGGUGUGGGAAGCUCUAUCCUGCUUGACUUUCAUUUCAGAGAAGAGAGAAUUUACUGGGCUGACAAACACACUGGGGUCAUCUACAAAGCGUCUGUGAGAGGAGCACACAGACAGAAACUGUACUCAUCUGACAAACAUAUCUCAGGCCUUGCAGUAGACUGGAUUGGGAACAGCGUCUAUUGGACAAGUGAAGAAACGGGACAAAUCAAGAAAAUUGAUCUAAAUGGAAAAAAUGAAAGGACUCUUUUAAGACACCUGACCCAACCAGGUUGUAUAGCUGUUGAUCCUACUAACAGGUUCCUUUUUUGGCUGUCUGGUGCUAUGAAUCCUAAUAUCCAACGCUCUGAUGUGACUGGACAGAUGAAAACUACACUUAUUAAGGUAGCAGAACAACUGAAAGCACUGACAAUUGACCGGGAGAACAAAAGACUGUUCUGGGCUCAGUUUGGCCUACAAGGAGAUAGUGCCAUUGCCUCCUGUGAUUACAACGGGAAUGUCCUGCACACCAUAGGUCAGCCACUUAGGUCUCAGUCACUGGCAAUAACAGUCUUUCGGGAGCAGGUAUACUACACUGAUGCUGUAUCUCAGGUUAUAAAACAAGUAAGCAAGUACACCGGUGGAGAGCCACUAGACGUCAACAGAAAACAAAUGGCAAAACCCCCAGCUGCUCUCAAAGUGGUACACCCCCUCAACCAGCCGGUGACAGAGUCCCCAUCACCCUUUCCAGGUUGUGACGAACAGAGUGGAAACUGUGAGAACGUGUGCUCCAGUCGAGCUGAACAAGGGAUGUGUCAGUGCAGUGAAGGCUUUGCUCUCAGUAAGCAAGGCACUUAUUGUGACGAUGUGAAUGAAUGUGCCCACUGGAACCACGGCUGCUCUCUUGGUUGUGAAAAUAUCCCAGGCUCCUAUUUUUGUACCUGCCCUAAAGGAUACGCCCUCCUUCAGGACAGGAAGACUUGUCGAGAGAUCAUAUCAUGCGGAGUCAAUAUGGCCAAAUGUGGCCAUGGAUGCUUGGGGACAGAUGAAGGCGUUAUCUGUGUGUGUCCUGAAGGAUCUGUGCUACAGGAGGAUGGACAAGGUUGCACCGGCUGCUCGACUGCAGACAGAGGAGGCUGCAGUCAGCUCUGUACCCCUGUCAGCCCUAGGAGGUGGCAGUGUGGUUGUCUGUCUGGCUACCAGCUCCACCAAGAUGGCAAGCGCUGCAUUGCUACUGGACCACCACCCUACCUGCUAGUGGCCAAUCUAGUAGAUGUAAGAAAAAUCUAUCCUGAUGGCACUGGAGACCAAACCUUGUUGGAGGACCCGAGGGCAGCAAUCAUAGCUUUGGACUAUGACCCAGUUGAGCAAAACGUCUACUUUACUAGUAUAAGCCAGGGAACAAUUGAGCGAGUUGAUCUGAACGGUGGGUCCAGAGAAACGCUGAUCUCUGAGGAUCUGAACUCUCCAGAGGGACUGGCAGUUGACUGGGUCCACCGCAGGAUGUACUGGACUGACAAAAGCCAGUCAACUGUUGACUGCAGUACACUGAUUGGACAAAACAGAGAAACUAUUGUAAGCGAAGGGCUGGAAAAACCAAGAGGAAUCGCAGUUCAUCCUCUGGCAAAGAAGGUGUUCUGGACUGACAUAGGUGCUCGGCCUGUGGUGGAAAGUGCAUCUUUGGAGGGGAAAGAUCGUGCCGUCGUUGUUGGCACUAACCUUGUGUCGCCCAGUGGCCUGACCAUCGAUUUCACGGUGGAUCGUCUGUUCUGGUGUGACCAGAGGAAGGGCCUGGUGGAGUCUGCCGCUUUGGAUGGCUCAGACCGACGGAUCCUGUUAGAGAACCAAGUAGGUCGACCUUUUGACCUUGCAGUAUUUGAAGACUGGCUCUGGAUCUCUGAUCAGGAGCACCAACAGCUGAGGAGCGUGCACAAGCAGACGGGGAAGAAACAGCAACACAUCCAUGGUAACAUGGUCCAACCAGCAUCCAUUGUGGUGGUUCAUCCCCUUUCUAAACCAGGAGCAGACAUUUGCCUUUACCUGAACGGAGGCUGUGCCCAGAUGUGUGAGAGCAAACUUGGGCUGGCUCACUGCUCCUGUCUGUCACACUACACCCUAUCAGCUGAUGGAAAAGGCUGUUUGCCUGUUGACGCUUCAAAUGGAACAGCAGAAUCUGGAGACACUGAUUUAACAACUUUGAAAAAUAAAACAUUUAAAAAUGAGAGCACACUAAUAACAACGCCUGGGCUGUCGACUGAUAAAGGGGAAGCUGAUUUACACUCUGUUGUGAGCAGUGAGCCAAUUCUCUUCACAGACAAAAUGAUUUCAGACCAGAAUGAGUGUUACUCACUCCGCUGUGGUGCCAAUGCCCAGUGCCUGCUCAAAGCUGGCAACCCAACCUGUUUUUGCCUAGAAGGAUUUACAGGUGAUGGGCAACUGUGUGUGGAUAUGGAUGAGUGUAAACAGGGAACACACAAUUGUAACAAAAAUGCAGAAUGCCAAAAUACUUUGGGGAGUUUCCUCUGCAAGUGUCGGGCUGGAUACAGCAGCAAUGGCCAGACAUGUCGAGAACUGGAGACCACAUCUCCAUGGGUGACGACCGGUAGCCCUGCUGAUGUCUCUACCCAGCACCACAACAGUAACUCAGCAGAGAGCUGUCCCUCCACCCACGAGUCCUACUGUCUGUACCAGGGCAUCUGCUUCUACUUUCCAGAAAUGGAGUCUUAUGCUUGCAAUUGUGUAUCAGGCUACAUUGGGGAACGUUGUCAGUUCAGCGACCUGGAGUGGUGGGAGCUUCAGCAGGCCGAGGAGGAGAAGCGGAGGAAUGUGGUCAUUGCUGCCUGCAUGGUGGUCCUCAUCUCCCUGCUCUCCCUCGCUGCUUGUGUCACCUACUGUUACGGAACUAGAAGACUCUUCCACAAACAGCCCUCGGUGGAUAAUGUGAGUGAGAGCAGCCUGACAGAUGAGAACAUGUCAGAGACCACUACUACCAGUGUGCCUCAGUUCUACAUGCUUGUAGAAAGAAAAGACAUCCCUGCCGUGGACUUUCUCCAGGGAGUCUGUCCAUCCUGCUCUUCAGAAACAGAGUCAGCGACUUUAUCUGAAAGCAACAGAGGGUAUGAGUGUUCCCUGGUGUCUGAUAUUGCCAAGGAGAUCAUCGACCCCACUGUCCAUCACUCACUUCCAUCACUGUCAAGCUCUUUCAGACCAACAUCGCUCUCCCAGGCUCCCAGCCCAGAGGCCCCUGCUUCCUAGCACAGUGGAGAGACAGCUGUGUAAUAUCUAGCUGAUGUAUGAACUGCAAAUGAACAGUUUCAUUCCAACAUGAAAUCCAACUCCAAAAGAAGAACUGCAACUGAAACUUUUGCAAAACACAAGAAGUAAUUUGUGGCAUUUUUAUGGAAACAUAAAUCAUAUUUAAUGGUGUUGUAAAUACAAUAGAUUGACACAAGCUUUUCACCAGGCCAGCACAUGUAAGCUCUUGUUAACACUUGGUAGCAAAAAUGGAAACUACAGCUACAGUUUAAAGUGCAAAGCAAACACCACAGCAACAAAGGCUCUCUCCCUGAAAGAGAAGAAGAUUGUAGCUUACCAAUAGAAGUGCACCUCCUCAGGUGUUCUCAGUAUAAACUGAAAGAGUUGUGUCUCAGUUUUUAUGUUAAAAAUUAGUAAGUUCAGUAAUAAAAUAUAUUUUGUAUCCUAAACCAUUGUCCAAAAUAUGAGGUAAAAAUCUUCCUUAUACUAAUUAACCCGACACUGUCGGUGACAACAAAAUGUACUCUUAUAUACACAAAGAAGCUGAAAGAUCAGUUUAAAUUUAGCUAAAGCUGUCAACUAGAUACCAGGACUGUAAGUCAUGUGUCUGUGUUUUGAAUGUUUUAAGAACAGGAAUUUACUUCACUCACGAUGAGGCUGACUACUAAAAACAUUAAGACUGUGCAGGAGGUUUCAGAAUGUUUUUAUGCAUUUCACCUGCCACUGAAUAUGUGAGCUUGACCAACCUUCCUACAAGGAUCAACUGAAUGACAAAGGUUUUCCCUUCAGGUAUGGUUUGGCAGACUGUGGUAACCCAGUUUUUAAGAUUUGAUUAGAAACAAUAGGUUCCAGUUUGGUGUCAGGAUCACUAAAAGGGUUUGUUGCAACAUAUUGCCAAUCAAUUCAAACUGAUGAAAUGACAUGUAAACAGUACAAACACAAAAAGCACAACACAGUAGCACAACCGUGAUAAUUUAGCCAAACAUAACAGCUACCACAUUAGUCAACUACCCUGAGAACUGUGAUACUGUGAGCAAAGUGUUCACUAUAUUUAUUUUUUACACAAAAUCUAUGCAUAUCAUUGCCAGAGUUCUACUAUGUGCUUUUAGAAAUAGAAGGGUAAAAUGAACUGGGUCAGAAAAGGGAAGGUAUCUUGCUACUGACUUCUGUCUAGUGUCUUUGCAGUAUGAGUUUUUAGAAGUACUAAACAGCAAAACAGGUAAUAUUUAUUAGUAGAGCACAAGCAACACCCUGCGCUCUCAUUUGUGCUGUUACAACUCUGUUUCUGUAUUAUUUUCA